AUGCUGCGCCGCACGCUGCCGCUGCUGCGCGCUUAUGCGUGGAAGGAGGUGCCGUACGUGACGCAGUCGCCGCAUGCCUUGCAGGCGCUGGACAUCGCCAUUCCGCGCAGGAUUCCUCCGCGCGCCAAGCUGCCUACGUGCGUGUUCGUGCAUGGCGGGUCGUGGCAGCGAGGGGACAAGAGCGGCGGACUCAACCAGGACAUCGACGAGGCGUUCGUGCGCGCUGGGUACCUUGGCGUCUCGGUUAACUAUCGGUUGUCGCCAGAAGCGCAGCACCCGGAGCAUGUGAAGGACGUGGCAGCUGCGGUGACGUGGUUGCACAGGAAUAUUGCAAAGUUUGGCGGUAACCCGGACAAGUUGGUGCUGGUGGGUCACAGUGCAGGUGCGCACUUGGUCAUGCAUAUCCUGGCUGACCCACAGUUUUUACAAGCAGCGGGGAUGGAGCAGCCGGUUGACACGUUCGUGAAAGGAGCUGUGGGAAUCUCCGGCGUCUACAACAUCGUUCGACUCGCCAACACGUCGUUUUACGGGACGCUGGUCACAAAUCCGCCGUUUGGCGAAAGGGUUGAGCAAUGGCGAGAGGCGUCGAUAGGCAUGACAGUCACCAGAGUCGGACCCAACUCGCCACUAGCCAAAAUGCCACUGCUCCUAGUAAAUGCUCAAGAAGAUUUCCACUUUCAAGAAGACGCACAGGAGCUGGAGCGAUGGCUAUCCGCAGCAGGAAACACGUCUAUCGAGCGGCACGUCGUGUCCAACUGCAACCACUUCACAAUUGUCCACCAUCUCGCCAACGAAGAUGCCGAUACCAACCAGACCAUGCAGCUCAUCAAGGAUUUCGUAUCCGAUGUCGCCGACCCCGACGAUGUCGCCCCUGUGCUCUAG